AUGCACAAUGAGAAACAGGAUAUCGCAGCAGAUAAUGAACAUUACCAACAGAAGAAGGAGACAGUUUCUGCUAAUCCAGCACAGUACUAUCCAAUGAUAGACAAAAUACGGUUCAGUUUAACUGGGAAUGAGAAUCGGGCUCAGAUAAUGAGAAUUCCCGAUUUCAUCAACAAAUAUUCCAGUUUUGAUUUUGGGACCUUGAGUGAAGAGGUGAAAAGCAAUAUAUACAUCAUCGAGGGAAAAAUAUUUUCUAUAAGAAAAGCAGGAAAAAGCAUAAUCUUUGUUGAUUUGGUUCAAGAUUACUGCCGUUUGCAAGUUAUUGUUUCCAAUUCACAGAUUGGCAUAUCAAAGGAAGAGCUUUUCAAUUUGCAUAACCAUUUCAAGAGAGGUGAUGCCAUUUCUGUUAUUGGUUUUCCAAUGAGAACUAAAGCAGGUGAAUUAUCCAUUAGAUUGAUCAAACCUAUUUCUCUAGCUUCGCCUGCAUUGCAACCAGUGCCACCUGCCUUGAAUGAGGAAAAUAGAAAAGGCAAUAGAAUUGCCAAUUAUUUAAUUGAUCGACAUUCCAAGGAUAUAAUUUUAUCCAAAAGUUAUAUAAUAAACAACUUAAGAAAUUUUUUGACGAAUAAAGGCUUCAUAGAGGUUGAAACACCAAUAAUCGCUCAUUCAUCGAAGGGUGCAAAUGCUAAUCCAUUUUUAACUAACGCUAAAAAAAUUAAAGAUACUGAACUUCAAUUAAGAGUUGCGCCUGAGUUAUGGUUAAAAAAAUUGAUAAUUGGUGGAUUUGAUAAAAUUUUUGAAAUCGGUAAAGUUUUUAGAAAUGAAGGUCUUGAUCCUACACAUAAUAUUGAAUUUACCACUUGUGAAUUUUAUCAGACUUUUAUUAAUUUAGAGGAUUUAAUGAAGAUCUCUGAAGAUAUGCUAAAUUUCAUCUUGAAGAAUUUUGUUGAUUAUAAUAAAGAUGUUUUACAAAAUACAAAAUUAGAUAAUUAUUUGAGUGAAAUUUCUACUUAUUUUCAAAAUCCAUUUAAAAGACUUGAUUUUAUUGAGACAAUUGAAAAACAAACAAAGAUUCAAUUGCCACUUGAUUUAUCAAAUGUGAAGGAUCUAUUAAAUUAUUUUUCACAACUAAAUAUUGAACCACCAAUUUUACAAUCCGCUCAAAAUUUGCUUAAUGAAUUAUGUUCACUAUACGUUGAACCAUUAUGUGAAGAUCCAACUUUUAUUUAUAAUCAUCCAGCUAUACUAUCUCCAUUAGCAAAAUCUACACUUAAACAAUAUUCUCGGAAUCGUAAUUACGAAAUUUCAUUAAGGUUUGAAUUAUUUAUGAAAGGAAAAGAAUUAAUAAACGCAUAUGAAGAAGAAAAUAAUCCAUUUAAACAAGAUGACAAUUUUAAAAUUCAAUUAAAAUUGAAAGAAGAAUUCAAUGAUAAUGAAUCAUUAGUUCCAGAUUACAAAUAUGUUAAAACGAUGGAAUACGGUAUGCCCCCAACAGGUGGAUGGGGUAUUGGAAUCGACAGAUUAACAAUGCUAUUGACUAAUAGUAACAAUAUUGAUGAUGUUUUGAGUUUCGGAAAAUUAACUGAUGUAAUUAAACAAUAA